AGCGGAUCAGCCAGCCAGCGGUGCGCACAGCCUCAAGCCCGCGCCGAUCUCAUCCGUCUCGUGUCUCCGCUCAGGCGAUCUUCCAAGACUUCGCACAAAGCACGUUUUCCAAAGCAGCGCAAGGGAGCGCCCAGCCGCGUGCAGGCGGACGCACCCUUCCUGUCCUUUGUUCCGGGGGGAUCUGCAACUGCUCUUCUCCCCAAGUCGGAGACUCUUCUCCCGGGGUGGUGGGUCGCCGAGUGCAGCUACGAAAAUGCCUUUGGAACUGACCCAGAGCCGGGUGCAGAAGAUAUGGGUGCCUGUCGAUCACCGACCCUCGUUGCCCAGAACUUGUGGGCCGAAGCUGACCAACUCCCCAACGGUGAUUGUGAUGGUGGGCCUCCCUGCCCGGGGUAAGACUUACAUCUCCAAGAAGCUGACUCGCUACCUCAACUGGAUAGGUGUUCCAACGAAAGUGUUCAAUGUGGGAGAGUAUCGCCGAGAGGCUGUGAAGCAGUACAGCUCUUACAACUUCUUCCGCCCCGACAACGAGGAAGCCAUGAGAGUCCGAAAACAGUGUGCCUUAGCUGCUCUGAGAGAUGUCAAAAGUUACCUGACAAAGGAAGGAGGACAGAUUGCAGUUUUUGAUGCCACCAACACUACAAGAGAGAGGAGACACAUGAUCCUUCAUUUUGCCAAAGAAAAUGACUUCAAGGCAUUUUUCAUUGAGUCCGUGUGCGACGACCCUACUGUUGUGGCCUCCAACAUCAUGGAAGUUAAAAUCUCCAGCCCGGAUUACAAAGACUGCAACUCGGCAGAAGCCAUGGACGACUUCAUGAAGAGAAUCAAUUGCUAUGAAGCCAGCUACCAGCCUCUUGACCCUGAUAAAUGUGACAGGGACUUGUCACUCAUCAAAGUGAUUGACGUUGGCCGGAGGUUCUUGGUGAACAGAGUUCAGGACCACAUCCAGAGUCGGAUUGUGUACUACCUAAUGAACAUCCACGUGCAGCCCCGUACCAUCUACCUGUGUCGGCAUGGCGAGAAUGAAUACAACCUGCAGGGCAAGAUUGGGGGCGACUCAGGCCUGUCCAGCAGAGGCAAAAAGUUUGCCAAUGCCUUGAGCAAGUUCGUGGAGGAGCAGAAUCUGAAGGACCUCCGUGUGUGGACAAGCCAACUGAAAAGCACCAUCCAGACCGCAGAGGCUCUGCGGCUCCCCUAUGAGCAGUGGAAGGCGCUCAACGAGAUUGAUGCUGGUGUGUGUGAGGAACUAACCUACGAGGAGAUCAGAGACACCUACCCUGAGGAGUAUGCAUUGCGUGAGCAGGACAAAUACUACUACCGAUAUCCCACGGGCGAGUCCUACCAGGACCUUGUCCAGCGCCUGGAGCCUGUGAUCAUGGAAUUAGAGCGCCAAGAGAAUGUGUUGGUCAUUUGUCAUCAGGCUGUCCUACGUUGCCUACUGGCCUACUUCCUGGACAAGAGUGCAGAGGAGAUGCCAUACCUGAAAUGUCCCCUUCACACCGUCCUGAAACUAACACCUGUGGCGUAUGGGUGCCGCAUGGAGUCCAUCUACUUGAAUGUAGAAUCAGUGAGCACACACCGGGAGAGAUCAGAGGCUGUCAAAAUACAACACAUUGCCAGUGUAGUCAGACCUUCCUCUUACACCGAACUUGACUUUCUGUCUGUGGAGUCCGCAAAACAGGAUGCAAAGAAGGGACCUAACCCACUCAUGAGACGCAAUAGUGUCACCCCACUAGCCAGCCCUGAGCCCACCAAAAAGCCUCGCAUCAACAGCUUUGAGGAGCAUGUGGCUUCCACUUCUGCUGCCCUGCCCAGCUGCCUGCCCCCGGAAGUGCCCACACAGCUGCCUGGACAACCUUUGCUAGGGAAAGCCUGUCUACGAACUGUCUGUCACAUUUUUUCAAAGUUUUCUCCUUACUAACCUGGGAAAGAACAUGAAGAGCCCACGGAGUGGCGCCGAGUCUUCCCAGAAGCACUGAAGCUGAAAUAUGGGUUCCAUUCCAUUCCUACAGCCUGCCUCGUGCCCACUCAUCUACCUGAGGCCAAGUGAUCCUAAGUACUUCUGGACUGGGGGACAGUGGAGGUCUGCUGGUUGAAGAGUAGUAGCACCCACUGAGAUGUUGGGGUGGCAGAGACAACUAGGAAGUUCUACAGACUCCAGCUUCCCGUGGCAAAGCUGCAGAUCUCCCCACCCUUUGUUCUCCUGGGACUUCCAGGGUGUCUGACCUCACAGACCCUUCUGAAGCAUGGGGAGGACUGUAGUUCUAUAGGAGAUGAGAUCAGGCCCCUAACUGGGGGUACUGGAUGCCACCAUGCUGUUCUGUUUUGUUUCUUUGGAUCCUGGCCUGGCAUGUUGAUAGCUGGAAGACAAGAUUGGCAGAUAAUCUUGGAAUUCAGAGUGAGUUAGACCCCAGUUGCCAGAGGCUCAGGGAUGCUCAAAUACUCUUGUGGCUUUUACAUCUUGGCUUGGGAAGAGGCCUUACAGAUAGGGGACUUGGAUGCUUGCUGCGUUGGGUGUGGUGGUUCUCUCCUUUUGAGGAGUUCCUGAGCUGAGGCCCACUGGUCAGCUGAGCAAUGGCAUGCCCUGGCUCCUCCACCUGUCCACAUCCCUUCUAGGUCUCAAGUUAGGGGACACACUGUUUGCCUCAGUGGAAGGAAGCAUUUUGCUGAUAAAUAACUGGGGCCUCCUCAUCCCAGGGGCCCUUAGGUCUUCUGUUCUCCAACCUGGGCCUGGAGGCACCCGAGCUAAUCCUGUGGCUGGCUGAUUUGCACUUUCCUUCCUUUCUUCCUCUUUCCCCCUCCCCUCCCACUUCCUUUCUUCACCUUUUUCAUCUUCUUUUUUGGGCAGAAGUGUGACCAAAAGUCACACCCCAUUUCAGGAACUUAGAUGGCAGGGUGUUGGCCCUUGGAAGCGCAGAGCUGCUGAAUGAGAGGAGCUGGAGUGUUUGUGAGAUGGGGAGGCUCAGAGCCUUCAACUUCACACUUCACCCUUCUUCACACUUGACUCACAUUUCCCAAGAAGCCCAAGUAAGCUUGUUCCAGGCUGCUUGCUCCUAGAGCUGUCUCCGUUUUGGCCUAGUAUCUGCUAUAUGCCUGAUACUACCUUUCUGGGCAUCCCAAGGAGUUCCCAAGAGUAGAAAACUGUCCUUGUUGGUUUCAUGAUGUCUGUGACUUUUUUUUUUUUUUUUUUUUUUUUGGCAUGGCCUGAAAGCAGUGCUGACAUAACUACCUAUUGUUUUUGUCUGCCUGUUUCUCCCCGUUUAUCCACUCAAGUUCUGGGGGAGGAGAGGACAUCCUAUGAGCCCUUAAAAGGAUGCCCCGCAGCUGGCACUGAAGGUCACUUUCCUUUCUGCCAUCUCCUAUGCUCCCCGGCUCAGGAGACAGGUCCUGGGGUGACACAAGGAUGAGUUUUGGAUGCUUUAAAGUCACUCUGAUUUUCACAGCUAACCACUCACAUUCUCAGUCCGGCCCACUCCCCCUUAAAUCUAUGGUCACCAGAGAGAGGACUAUGUACAUAAGACUGGGACUGUUCCCUCUUAGUGACUUGAGUCUUGACAAGGGUAUAUGCAGGGCACCUGCAAGUUGGGGGGGGGGUGGAUAGGACCUUAACAGGACCCAAGCUAGCCUCAAACUUAUUGCGGUCCUCCUGUCUCAGCUUCCCAAACCCAGCAUUGGGGUUAUAAGCUUGAGCCACCAUAUCUGGUAGUGUGGCUUUGCACAAGUUUUUUAGGUGUCCCCUUGGAGCACAUCUACACUCUAGUUACAGAACCAACUCUUAGAACGUAGAGACUCUCAAGGCUGAGACAGGUAGGCGUGGUCACCUGUGUCUAACUUAAGUCAGCACAUCAACCGAAAGCUUCACAUCUUGUGAAGGAGAUCACGAAAGGGGCGGAACACAGCUUGACCUGAAACACAGCGACUGGAUGGAUGGGGUGGCAGUCACUCACAGAACUUACACACUCCCAUCCAAAACAACAAAAUAAAAUAGGGACCAAUAUUUUUAACUUUGCAUAUUUGUUUUGGGGGUGAAUGUCUCCCAUUCCCUUCAACCAUGGCCAACACCCUUCAUUUAUGGGGGAGAAGAAAAACUGUUGGAACCACACCAAUGAUAUUUUCAUUUGUAAUACUUGAAAUUUAUUUUUUUAUUAUUUUGAUAGCAGAUGUGCUAUUUAUUUAUUUAAUAUGUAUAAGGGAGCCUAAAAAUAGAAAGCUGUACAGAUUGGGUUUAAUUGUUCAUUGGUUUGGAGCCUUUCAAUGUGUGAUUGAUGACUUCUUCAUGUUCCGUGUAAUUGUCUCUCUCAAGGACCUGGAAAAGAAGCUAUGCAAGCUUUUAAACAGGAUAUGCCUUUCAGAAAUUUGUAUAUUUUGCAGUUGCUAGAACAAUAAAAACCUGGUUGAGAUAUA